UUUGCUCACUUACUCCUCCUCCAUUUCGCUCUGCUCCUCAUUUUCUUUCUUUAUUUUUAUUUUAUUUUUCUUCUUCUGGUUUUUCUGGCUGUGCUGCUCGUGGAUCUCUGAUUUCCGAUCCGAAUUGGAGUUGGUUAAUUCCGGCCUGAGCUAGGGUUUCGGCGGAGUUCGAUUUAGGGUUUUUGGCGGGAUUGAGGCGAUUUGUAGCCUAAUAAGGUUUGGAUGAUAGAUCGAUCGGAUUUGUGAUUGGAAAGUGAAACUGGUGACGAGAAUUGGGGAUUUCGGGAGAGAAGUUUAGGGUUUUGAUUAAAAAAAUUGGGGGAAAAUGGGGAAGGUUUCGCCGAAAGAUAGGGGCUUGAAGAAUUCGAAGCAGAGAAAGGGCUCCAGGGGCUCAGGGAACAAGUACCUGAAGCCUGGGGCGCUUGCUCAGCUUAAGUACAGCAAGGCGAGUUCCGCCGCGAAGGCGUGUACUGAUUUGGGGAGGAAGAGAGUGGCUGUGGUGGAGGCGAAGAAGAGUGAUGGGGUUGAUUUGGGGAUUGGAGAUGGGGAUGUUGUUGAUAGGAGCCCUUUGAUGUUGUCGCCGGUGAAUUUGGUUAGGCAGAGUAGUUUGUUGAAGACUCCAGGGACACCAUUGGUGUUAUCGCCUGUGAAUUCGGUUAAGCAGAGUGGUGUGUUGAAAACGCCGAGGACCCCCUUGAUGCUGUCGCCUGUGGAUUUCGUUAGGCAGAAUAGUCUGACGAAAACGCCGAGGACCCCCAGAAUGGAGGAUCGUGAGUCCGAGUCCAGGCUUGAGUCGCUUCCCAUGGAUUUACUGGUUAAAUUAUUGUGUCACCUGCACCAUGACCAACUGAAGCCAGUGUUUCAUGUUUCUCAAAGAAUUAGGAAAGCUGUUAUACUUGCCAGGCAGUAUCACUUUAAUUAUACAACUCCAGAUCGUUCUCGACAGGAGAUGUUGAGAACAAUGACGCCCCACCCCACUGAAUGUUGGCCUUUUAAAAGCAAGGGGGAUGGCAAGGGUACAUGGAUACGAAGCCCUCAUACUCCAAAAGCACCUAGACAUGGCCCCCGGCCACCAUCUCGCCUAAAAGUAUCAGAAAUGCGGCAGGUUGCUGCAGUUCUCUUUCAAGAGUCACACUUUCCUUCUAGAUGCAUGGUGCCAUCUGCCUUACCAAAGCCCCUGUGCAAAUCUUUGGCUUCCAAUCGAGUUUUGUUCUAUGAGGAAGAGCUAUGUCAGGCUGUGGCUCAGAAUAAGCUUCUCUAAGCUCAUCAUUGCCUUGAGUAUCUGUAUGUAUAUAGUUUGUUUGUGUUAUCUAUAUAGGUGGCCUGGUCAGGUUAGGGAGGAUGAAGUUUUGUAGCUUUGAUGGGGAAGAUUUAGGAGAUAUGGAACCCUCAUAUAUUUGAAGUAGGAGGCAAAAGAAAUCAGAUCAUGGUUGCGGUAAUAAUGUUUUAAAACUGGUUACCUGUAUAUUUCCUAUAUAUGUUUUAAAGCAAUGGCUAGUU